AUGCGGGAGGGGAGCGCGGGCGGCCGCGGCGCCGAGAACCGGACGGGCGCCGAGCCCCCGCUGCACCUCUUCCCCGCGCCCGUACUCACCGGCAUCACCGUCGCCUGCAUCCUCCUCUUCAUCAUCGGGAUCGUCGGCAACCUCAUGACGAUGCUGGUGGUGUCGCGGUUUCGGGACAUGAGGACCACCACCAACUUCUACCUGUCCAGCAUGGCCUUCUCCGACCUACUCAUCUUCCUCUGCAUGCCUCUGGACCUCUUCCGCCUCUGGCAGUACCGGCCCUGGAACUUCGGGGACCUGCUCUGCAAGCUCUUCCAGUUCAUCAGCGAGAGCUGCACCUACUCCACCAUCCUCAACAUCACCGCCCUCAGCGUGGAGCGGUACGUGGCCAUCUGCUUCCCUCUCCGAGCUAAAGUGAUCAUCACCAAGGGGAAGGUCAAGCUGGUCAUCCUCUUCCUCUGGGCCGUCUCCUUCAUCAGCGCCGGACCCAUCUUCGUCCUGGUGGGGGUCGAGCACGAGAACGGCACGAACCCCCUGAACACCAACGAGUGUCGAGCCACGGAGUACGCCAUCCGCUCCGGGCUCCUCACCAUCAUGGUCUGGACCUCCAGCAUCUUCUUUUUCCUGCCCGUGUUUUGCCUGACCGUGCUGUACAGCCUCAUCGGGAGGAAGCUCUGGAGAAGAAAGAGAAAGAACAUCGGUCCGAACGCUGUCAUCAGGGAUAAGAACAACAAGCAGACUGUGAAGAUGUUAGUUGUGGUGGUAUUUGCUUUCAUACUCUGCUGGUUGCCUUUUCACGUAGGACGAUAUUUAUUUUCCAAAUCCUUUGAAGCUGGAUCCUUGGAGAUCGCAGUGAUCAGCCAGUACUGCAACUUGGUGUCCUUUGUCCUCUUCUACCUUAGCGCGGCCAUCAACCCCAUUCUCUACAACAUCAUGUCGAAGAAGUACCGUGUGGCCGCUUGCCGCCUGUUUGGCCUCAAACCCCUCCCAAAGAAGAGACUUUCCAGCACAAAGCAAGAGAGCUCCCGGGUUUGGACAGAAGCGAGUGUUGUCACAUGACCUGGGGUUCCCAGAGAGCCACAAAGGAAGAGGGCAACAAGUGCAAAGCGAGGAGCUCAAGCUGGCCGUCUGUCACCGUCUGGAU